CAGAGAUGAAGAAGCUAAACAACAAAAACCUUCUUCCAACUUUCUCUGAUCGUCUAUGGCGAUUAUUACUACUACUACUGUUCGUUUCACUGAUGGAACCUCUCCCACCUUCUUCUCCUCAGCUUCGACAAAGGCUUAUAAUCUCCAUUUUCUCUACUCGAAUUCAACCCAACGACUUACGAAUCCGAAAUUCGGAAUCGGCGGGAAGUUGAAGGUGACGGUGAAUCCGUAUUCGUAUACAGAGGAAGUACGGCCUGAGGAACGGAAGAGUUUGACGGAUUUUUUAACGGAAGCUGGAGAUUUCGUUAAUUCAGACGGCGGAGAUGGUGGUCCGCCACGGUGGUUCUCACCGUUGGAAUGUGGCGCACGUGCUCCUGAAUCUCCUCUUCUUCUCUACUUACCUGUUUUUCAAAAUUUCAGGGAUCGAUGGAACUGGAUUAGGGCUCAUUCGCCAGCAUAAGAGGCUUGGAGAGAUAUUUGACAUAUGGUGCCUUCACUUUCCAGUAAAAGAUCGUACUCCUGCUCGAGAUAUUGGGAAGCUCAUUGAGAAGACAGUUAGGUCAGAGCACUACCGUUUCCCAAAUAGACCCAUUUAUAUAGUUGGAGAAUCUAUUGGAGCUUCUCUUGCUCUGGAUGUUGCAGCCAGUAACCCUGACAUUGAUCUUGUCUUGAUUCUGGCUAAUCCAGUCACACGUUUUACCAACUUAAUGUUGCAACCUGUAUUGGCCCUACUGGAAAUUUUGCCUGACGGAGUUCCCGGCUUGAUAACAGAGAAUUUUGGGUUUUACCAAGCUUCCCCAUUGACAGAAAUGUUCGAGACUAUGCUCAAUGAAAAUGAUGCCGCGCAGAUGGGUAGAGGGCUAUUAGGAGACUUCUUUGCAACUUCAUCUAAUCUGCCUACUCUGAUUAGAAUCUUUCCCAAGGACACACUUCUAUGGAAGCUUCAAUUGCUUAAGUCUGCUUCAGCGUCUGCUAAUUCUCAGAUGGACACAGUCAACGCCCAAACACUGAUACUUCUGAGUGGACGUGAUCAAUGGUUAAUGAACAAGGAAGACAUUGAAAGACUCCGUGGUGCAUUGCCAAGAUGUGAAGUUCGUGAGCUUGAGAAUAAUGGACAGUUCCUCUUCUUGGAGGAUGGAGUAGAUCUGGUGAGUAUCAUCAAGCGUGCGUAUUAUUAUCGCCGUGGGAAGUCACUUGAUUACAUUUCGGAUUACAUUCUGCCUACCCCAUUUGAGUUUAAAGAGUAUGAAGAAUCACAAAGAUUGCUAACUGCUGUUACCUCCCCAGUCUUUCUUUCAACUCUAAAGAAUGGUGCAGUGGUAAGAUCGCUUGCAGGAAUACCUUCAGAGGGACCGGUUCUGUAUGUUGGCAAUCACAUGUUGCUUGGUAUGGAGUUGCAUGCAAUAGCACUUCAUUUUUUGAAAGAAAGGAACAUUCUAUUGCGAGGACUGGCACAUCCAUUGAUGUUUACCAAAAAAACUGGCUCAAAACUCCCUGACAUGCAGCUGUACGACUUAUUUAGGAUUAUAGGCGCAGUUCCCGUCUCGGGAAUGAAUUUCUACAAACUACUUCGUUCAAAGGCUCACGUGGCUUUGUACCCUGGGGGUGUUCGUGAAGCUUUGCACAGAAAGGGUGAAGAAUACAAGUUAUUUUGGCCAGAACAUUCGGAGUUUGUAAGGAUAGCAUCUAAAUUUGGAGCAAAAAUCAUUCCUUUUGGAGUUGUUGGAGAAGAUGAUCUUUGUGAAAUGGUUUUAGAUUAUGAUGAUCAAAUGAAGAUCCCUUUCUUGAAGAAUCUUAUAGAAGAGAUAACACAAGACUCUGUUAACUUGAGGAACGAUGAAGAAGGCGAAUUGGGAAAACAAGAUUUACAUCUACCUGGAAUAGUUCCAAAGAUCCCGGGACGGUUUUACGCAUACUUUGGGAAACCAAUAGACACAGAAGGUAGAGAGAAAGAGCUAAACAAUAAAGAGAAAGCUCAUGAGGUUUACUUGCAGGUCAAGUCUGAGGUAGAAAGAUGUAUGAACUAUUUGAAAAUCAAAAGAGAAACUGAUCCUUACAGAAACAUUUUGCCGAGGUCCCUCUAUUACCUCACUCAUGGUUUCUCUUCCCAAAUCCCAACCUUCGAUCUCCGAAAUCAUUAAAUUUAGUUACUGUGUUGUAGCUCUAUCUACAAGAUAUCUUAUUUAACUGUGGUGAUUAAACACGUAGAUUUGGGUGUGUUAUUGUAAAAAAUGGUUGGUAUAUAUAACUUAAGCUUUCUCCUUCCAGCAGAAAGUGCGAAACCCAUUGUGGUUUGCUUUAAUAGGUAAGAAGCAUAGACAGUAUGGCUGCUUGAAGGAGCAUUAUAGCUGCUAAUGGG